GCGUCGACGGACCGCGCCUCGGGCGCGAUCGGGGUUAGCUCGUUGGCGGAGGUGGCGGCCGAGGUCAGGGACUGCUUUGCGCUGGAGCGCCGCGUGCUCCGCGAGUCCAGGAGCGACGCCAGCGAGAGGCUCCCGGUGAGGAUCGACGGCGACCUGGAGCGCACCCUCUUGUUCCGUGCGAUCAAGAGUCAGCAUGCGUCGAUCCCAAAGAAGAUGUACUUGGGUUGGCUGAGCAACUUGAGGAGUUUCCUCGAGGGCGUUGUCGAGCCCGUGGCUGCCGGGGAGAACGGGGUCAAAGUGAGCGAUGGAUGCAGCGGCACAAACAUUUGGCACCACGUCCUCAAUCUCCUAGGCCGCUUCUGGCACGCGGAGUUCGGGACGGUCCCUUUCGUGGUGGACCACUGCGCGUCUGCGGAGAUCGACGCCAAUAAGCAGGCGUUCUUGAUGAGCCAGUUCGAGAUGACUACCUUGGUGGCCGACGUUCGGGAUCUCGCGGCCCCUCGCCACAUGAAUCUAGUCAGCCAGAGCUUGACGAUGACUCCUUGGGCGAAGAUAUUCGGCGGGGGCUUCUCUUGCAAGAACAAAAGUAAGAUGAACUCGCAGCGGGCCAAGUUCAAGUCGACCAUUCCAGAUGCCGUCGGAUCCACUGGUGAGACUUUCGACAGCAUGAAGGAUUUCAUCCGAAAGACCCGCCCCUUUUUCUCUAUGCUGGAAAACGUUCCAGAAAUCGAGGAGGCAGGGGGGGGCGACAGCGGCGCACCAGCCCCAUCGGACGCUUCGGUCAUCAAGAAGACUUUCGAAGACAUGGGCUUCACAGUGGUGACGUGCACGUUCGAUGCUAAGAGUUACGGUUCGCCUGCUUCGAGGUCCAGGUGGUGGUGCUUGAUCUGGGACAUUCCGAACUACUUGUCGGAUCACGUCACCUCCAAUUUUUUGUCGGUCCUUGGCGAGAUGAAGACGGAUAUGAUCAAUCCUGGCGAGUUCCUGCUGAGCAAGAACGAGCUCGCCAAGUUCUGCGAGGGUAUCAUCGAGGCCGCCCCUUCCGCCGCUGCCCAUGGGCCAGCGCCGAAGAAGGGCAAGACGGAUGCGAAUUGGAAGUCGGUGCACGAGUCGGCAUUCCUGCAGCACGGCGUCGAGUGGCCGCCGACCUUGCCGGACGAGCUCCACAGCUUCAGAUACCAGCGCGAGAAGGAGGUCGUGUUCUUCGCAAACCAGACGUGGCCAGCCACGGCCAGCGGCUGGCAAUUCUUCGAUUGCAACCACACCUUCGAGCGCAUCUUCAAGUACCCGUCCGUCAAGGAGGACGGCUCUCUCAAGAGCCCUUGGAAGGACUUCGUCCCCACGCUGACUGCGCAGUCGUCGAUUGCGGCCCGUUUCAUGGACAGCGACGGGCGUGUCUCGAUGCGCCACGUGCACGGUCUUGAGUGCAUGCACUUCAUCGGGUGGUCCCUGGGCCAUUACAAGGGCCAGAGCUCCCCGUUCAAGACCCCUGGCGUGACGCCAGAGCUCCUCGAAGACAUGGCGGGCAACGCGUGGAGCGGGUUCGCGGUGGCCCCGAUCGUCAUCGCGGCGUUGGGCGCCGCGCACUUUGACUGGUACAAGUGCGACGCCAGGAAGCGCGAGCAGGAGCAGCUGGAGGAGUCCCAGGAGGCCGCGACGAAGCAGAUGCUCGCCAGCUCGGGCUUUGGCUUCGAGCACAGCGCCGGGGCCGACACCGACCGCGAGAACAUCUCCGUGUCGUCCCUGGCGUCGGACUCGGACUGA